AUGGUAGUGCUUGACUUCAGCUCGCUGAGCGUGCUGGCCGCCCUCAAGCUCAAGCUGGUCGUGGUGCUGCUCGUGGUGGCGGCCGUGUACCUGCUCAUGACCAAGAGCUACAAGACGCAGUGCCUGUUCGGCAGCUGCCGCCCCAACUAUUCCACCUAUGGCUACUACCCCUACGUGGACUACACGUAUGUGGGCUACGAGGUGCCUGCAGGCUCGUCCCGGCACCCCUCAACUCCCGUGGCCCUGGGGCAGGGCCCCGCUGGGUUGGGCAUCAAGGACUCGCCGCACCUGGCUGACCUCACGGCCCGCGUGUGGAAUAGCAUUGACAUCGCCAGCAUGGCGUUCAGCGCACUCAACAUUCAGGAGGACGACUGCAGGCGGAAGCUCGUGUGCCAGGCGGACCGCGCGGCCGCGUCCAAUCCCAUCCUGCGUGCUGCGCUGUCUUGGUUCAGCCCCAGCCUGGCGCGCUACCGCACGGACCGUUCCAGGCCGGAGGACGGCGCGGGCGCCGACCUGCAGUGGCUGCGGGAGGACCCUGGAGACCCCUGCGAGGAGAUGUACCCGCAGUGCCGGCACCGGGACCUGCCUCCCGCCCUGGGCGGCCCGGAACUUUCGGGCCCCGCCGUCUACCACCUCGAGGAACCUGCUGCCGUGGGGUCCCUAGGGACGCCGGCGCAGCUGCACCAGCCUGGUGGCCACCAGCACCUCCAUCUAGAGCAGGCGCUGGGCCCGGCUCUGGUCCCAGCCGAGCAGUCUUGGCACCGGGGCGCUCAUUCCUCGGCCCACGCCCAGCUGUACCGCCACAACAAGUACGAGUACGAGGCGACGCACCCGUCCUACCUGCAGCCGUACAAACCGCUCGCGGAGGCUCCCCCACCGGCCAGCACCGCACCGACAGCCCCCGCCCGUGACGUGGCCAGCCCCGGCCAGAAAAACGCAGAGAACGACGACAUUUUAAUUCUGGACGGAGCGGCGGCCUCAGCCGCGGGGGUCGCGGUUCAGGCGCCAGAGAGGCAGGAUGCCGCCGAUGGCGGCGCCGCAAGCAGGUCGCCCUCCUCGCUUUGGGUGGGCGUGGUCGGAGAGCAGGCCAGCCCGGGCGGUGGCGCCUCUCUGGAGCCACGACCCCCUGCGGCGGCUGCCCUGGCGCCCCAGGUAUGGAGGCGGAUGCUGCCCGCCCCCACCGGGACACAGACCAAGUCGCACAGCGACUAGUGUAGAGGGUGCGCCUCGGUCACUCGCACUCGACCAUCUCCUCCUCAAAAAAACUAUGCCUCAAUCCUUUCAGAAUGCUCGCAUGUAGUCUAAGGUAGUCAGUUUGUAAAAAAGUGACGAGGGGCGGUAUGGUAGUUGUACUAGCAGCAGAAAAGUCAAAUACAGUAUUAGUGGUUUGAAAUUGAAUUUAUUCAAUAUUUUUUCCUGUACAUAAAGUCAAAAUCCCUAAAACUGUUACUUUUAGA